UGGAGCCGCUGCCGGGAUCGUCUCGCCAUGGAAUCUGGCGACGCGGCAACCCAGUCACCCAAGCUGAACGAACUGGCCGCGACGAUGUUUGACAAAACGGGGCAGUACAUUCAAAGCGAGCUGUCGUCCACGCUGGACGACUACAGGCUAACGGAGGAGAUGAACAAGGCCACGGUGGCCAAGUACAGCGACAUGCAGCAGAUCGCCGGCAACGUCGCGAAGUCCCUGAAGGACCUGAACGACAAGUUUCACCUCCUCAGACCGUGUCUGGACCAGAUCGACCAGGUAGAGGAGAGCGUCGCAAAGCUGGAGCAGGUGGCUUACAAGCUGGACGCCUACUCGAAACGGCUCGAGGCAAAGUUUAAAGCCCUUGAGAAACGCUGAUCGGCGAAGGUCUUGCUGUUCUGAGAUGCUCUAGAAGGGAACCAAAUUCACAAGACUUGAAAGGGCCAUCACAGAAGUAGUACGUAGAGAUCGAGCUUCCAACUCGACAGCUAGUAUCUCGCACUUGAACAUUUACAUUUCUUUCAAGUUUUCGUUUUGUUUUGAAAAAGCAAUGAAGCCCCUCAAGUUGUCCUGAUGAGCUGUAAAACAGGUGUGGCUUUAUUCCAGGAACUGUUCCUUUGCUAUAUUUGUGUUAUUUGUGUCAGUCUAGUUUGAUUUACAUAUAAAAUGAAUUAUAUGACACUAUGAAAAAA